CCGGCUUUGAUUUAUUUAUUCCGUUGCAUCUCUUUAUAACUGCUCAUCCUAUGUACUCCCGUCCUACCAUUUUUCCAUCUCGCACGCACACAUGCACACACACACACAAUCCGCACGCUGUCAGAGAUGCGUGUAGUAGUCGUGUGUGAGUUGUGGCUCGAUCGUGACAGCACGAAAUUGUGUAAUCGAUUGGGGAUUACCUCAGCUCACGGUUGUGUUGUUGUUGAGAAAAAAUCGCAAUGCUCUCGAUGGAUGGCCGCAAUAGGCUUUCAAGAACAGUUCAGUUGGGUCCGCUCUCAUCUCCAAUCAAAAAUCAAUCGAACUAGAUUAGCUUUUACCAUCGCGAGAUUUGUCUACCUGAGUCACGCGAUCAUCUCUAUUCAGUGAACGUCAGCAGAGCGUAGUAGCGUCCGCCGCCUAGUGGGGCAUCGUGCAAAGCAGAGCAAGCGCUCGCAAUGGAUUUCAUCGUUGCUUAGCCAGUCCAAAUGUCAGCUGUUUCGCGCAACAUGUACCAUAAAAGCAGUACAGCGAAACGCAGAAAAAGAGCCAAUCGAUCAAGCCCAGGACAGAAGAAGCAACAUCAACAGCCACAGCAAUUACAGCAACUACAGCAACUACAGCAAAAGCAGCAGAGGGUAGAAGAGGAAGAAGAAGCGUAACCACGCUGAGGAGAAUAGAAGCAGAAGCAAGAGGACAGACAAUAGAGAGUGAAAUUACGAGAGAUUCGUGAAGAUAAAAGAGAAUUAAGUUCAAGAAAGGACAGAAGGAAGAUCCCAAAUCAAAACCAAAAUACGCCAUGACAAUCAUACUCUUCCUGGUGGACACCUCGUCGUCCAUGUGCCAGAAGGCGUAUGUGAAUGGUGUGCAAAAAACGUAUCUGGACAUUGCCAAGGGGGCGGUGGAAACGUUCCUCAAGUAUCGGCAGCGCACCCAGGACUGCCUUGGCGAUCGCUACAUGCUGCUGACCUUCGAGGAGCCGCCGGCCAAUGUAAAGGCCGGCUGGAAGGAAAACCAUGCCACCUUCAUGAACGAACUGAAGAACCUACAGAGCCACGGCCUCACCUCGAUGGGUGAAUCGCUGCGGAACGCCUUCGAUCUGCUCAACCUGAACCGCAUGCAGUCGGGCAUCGAUACGUACGGGCAGGGCAGGUGUCCCUUCUACCUCGAACCCUCGGUGAUCAUUGUGAUCACGGACGGGGGCCGCUAUUCCUACCGCAAUGGGGUGCAUCAGGAGAUCAUAUUGCCGUUGAGCAACCAGAUACCCGGCACAAAGUUCACCAAGGAGCCCUUUCGGUGGGACCAGCGACUCUUCUCGCUGGUCCUGCGGAUGCCCGGCAACAAGAUCGACGAACGUGUCGAAGGCAAGGUGCCGCAUGACGACUCCCCCAUCGAGCGGAUGUGCGAGGUUACCGGCGGCCGCUCAUACCGCGUGCGCAGCCACUAUGUGCUCAAUCAAUGCAUCGAGAGCCUGGUCCAGAAGGUGCAGCCGGGCGUGGUGUUGCAGUUUGAGCCGCUGCUGCCCAAGGAUAGUGCCAGCAGCAGCAGCAGCAGUGGGACAAACGCCGCAGGAGGAGGAGGCGGCUCGGCGACACAGCAGUCGUCGUCGGGUUCAUCCUCCGCGUCGUCGUUGGAGCCCACACCGGACAUUGUCUUCCAGCCAAUCAAGAAGAUGAUCUACGUGCAAAAGCACAUGACCCAGAAGACCUUCCCCAUUGGGUACUGGCCGCUACCGGAACCCUAUUGGCCGGACUCGAAGGCCAUCACACUGCCGCCCCGCGACGCCCAUCCUAAACUGAAGAUCAUGACGCCGGCGGUGGAUGAGCCACAGCUGGUGCGCAGCUUCCCAGUGGACAAAUACGAGAUCGAGGGCUGCCCCCUGACGCUGCAGAUUCUCAACAAGCGAGAGAUGAACAAGUGCUGGCAGGUGAUCGUCACCAACGGGAUGCACGGCUUCGAGCUGCCUUUUGGGUACUUGAAGGCGUCGCCCACCUUCUCGCAGGUGCAUCUGUACGUGCUGGCGUACAACUAUCCCGCACUGCUGCCUCUGCUGCACGACCUCAUCCACAAGUACAACAUGAGUCCGCCCAACGAUCUCAUGUACAAAUUCAAUGCCUAUGUACGUUCCAUACCGCCGUACUACUGCCCCUUUCUGCGUAAGGCGCUGGUCAACAUCAAUGUGCCAUACCAGUUGCUGCAGUUUCUGCUGCCAGAGAACGUCGACAACUAUCUGUCGCCUACGAUCGCCAACCAGCUGAAGCACAUCAAGAACACCGCCAAGCAGGACCAGGAGAACCUCUGCAUGAAGGUAUACAAGCAGCUGAAGCAGGCCAAGCCCCCUUACCGCCAGGUGGAGACGGCCAAACUAUGCACGGGCACGGUCCUGCGCCGGGACCUUGUGCGGCAUCCCCUGCUGCGGGACACGUUCGCCAAGCUUCACGCGGAGAUCGAGCCGGUGGAAAACUAUACGAUUGUAGUUCCGCAACUGACGCAUCAGUCAUCGGCCAAGACGUAUCGCAAUCCGUUUGAUAUACCGCGGCGGGAUCUUGUGGAGGAGAUUGCCCGCAUGCGGGAGACCUUCCUGCGGCCCACGCUGCUGGUGGCCAAGGAUUCGGGCCACUGCCUCCCCAUCUCGGAAAUGGGCAACUACCAGGAAUAUCUCAAGAACAAGGACAAUCCGCUGCGGGAGAUCGAACCGACCAAUGUGCGUCAGCACAUGUUCGGCAACCCCUACAAGAAGGACAAGCACAUGGUAAUGGUGGAUGAGGCGGAUCUUAGCGAUGUGGCGCCCAUGAAGUCGCCGAAUGGCAACGGUCCCGGCGGCUCGCCGCCCGGCUCUUCGGGCUCUGGGUCGUCCGGCUCCUCGUCGUCAGGGUCUUCAUCGAGUGGGGGACCUGGGGGUCCCGGCAUGGGCGGCGGUCCCGGCGGCAUGUCUGGCCUCAUGCUGGGCCCUCACUCGGGUAGCGGGUUCGGCAAGAAGCUUGAUGGCACCUCGCGAGGACGCAAGCGGAAAGCGGGUCCCCUACCUCGUGCUUUUGAGUUCCGGCGCGUCUCCACAGACUCCCGGUCAUCUUGCUCUUCACCCCGCCCCUCGUCCGCGUCCGAAAGUGCCCCCAGCUCGCCUAAUCCAGCGGCGGCAAUAGCCUGCGAUUCAUCUGCGUCCCCGUCAGCGGCCAGCACGAGCUCUGGCUCCGGCUCCGGACUGACAGGAUCGGGUCCCAGCUCUGUCCCGGGAUCCGGUGGCCGUUCCAGUCCCAACUGCUUUGAUGAGGACAGCAACAGCAGCUUCGUCAGUAGUUCCAGCAGCACGGACCUGUCGAGCGACUCGGGCUUGUCGCUGUCGACCUCGGAGCGCCUGGGAGGCAUUGGCUUUGACUUUAGCGAGGAGGAGACCAACGACCAGGACACUGCCCUCAACGGCCAUGUGCACAACUUCAUCAAUGGGAUCAGCGACGAGACCAAUGCAACGGACACAGAGGCCCCGCCUGGGCCCGGUCCAAGGCCCGGAGCCCCGCCACCAAGCAACAUGUUGCCAGCCGCAGCCCCAGCCGCGCCUGAGCCCAUUGUGACAGCCACAUCUGUCCCGGUCGUGGGAGCAGCAGCUGCUGCGCCACAGGCAACGGUGACCUCUACGGCAUCCGGAGUGGUAGUGGCAUCCACAGUGGCAGCCUCAUUGGUCACUCCACCGCCGCUGCCGGCCGUAAGCAGCACCAGCAAUGGGGGACUGGGAUUGGGAUCUGGCGGUACUGGUGGCAGCAGCAGCGACCCGUCCUGCUCCUCCGCUUCGGCAAACAACUCGAGCGGAGUGCUGUACGUGCCCCUGAACGGAGUGACCACCACCCAUGCGGCGUACAGCAGCAACCGAGGUGGCAGCCCCACCUGUCCGAUGGGGUCCCACCUGGGCGGCCUGGGACCGGCAGGGAGUCACGGCCACAAGGGCAUCUCGCUGAUGUCGCUGUCCGGGGUACUGCCGAUGCUCAAUGGCUACACGCAUCAUGGAGUCAACAUCUCGCCGCCCUCGCCCCUGUCUGCGGUCCCACCAGCGCCACUGGCGACUCCAAAUCCGACGACCGCCAUCAGCAGCAGUAUCGGAUCGGUAUCUGGAUCCUCUGGCUCCAGCUAUUUUACCCACAAUGACAUCAAUGAUGCAUCUGAGAUCUCAAGAAUACUGCAGACAUGUCACAAUGGGACCAGCGGCUCUUCCGGCUCCGGUUCGGGAGGAACAGGAGGAGUAGGCAGUGGUAGUGGCAGUGGCAGUGGCAGUACCCUCAAUGGCAACGGCAGUCCCGAGCCCGAUGUUGGAGACGAUAGCGAAUCCCCGUUGUCCCUGGGGAUUGGCAAUAAUUUUGAUGCACUGAAGCGGCUGGCAGGUGGUGGCGCCGCCAGCAGUCCCCAUUUGUACUGGGGCAGUGGACUUAAUCAUUUCAUUAAUAACAACAACAAUAGCAGCAGCGGAGCAGCAGCUGCCACUGGGAACAGUAGCACCAACAAUCACCGGAAUCACAACAACAACAGCCCUAUGAAAAUGGAGAUCAAGUCAAGUCCAAGCUGCAGCUCCUCGCCGACGCACAACAGCAACAGCAACAGCAACAGCAACGGAGAGGUAAGUGCCGCAGCGCUGCUCAUAUUGUCGGAGGAGCAGCGGGAGGCGGCGCGUAAGCACAACAUUGACCUGCGGCUAAAGAUCUUUCGGGAUAUACGGCGGCCGGGACGCGACUACAGCCAGCUUCUGGACAACUUGGGACUGGUGAAGGGCGACCACGACAUGAAGUCCGAUUUCGUGGAGAUGUGCAUUGGGGAGUCGCGCCGGUUCCGGCGGCACCGCAUGGUCGGCAGCAUUCAGGAGUGGUGGGAACAGCGGCAGCAAUCGCAGCCGGCCAUCGAUCAGCAGCUGCAGCAGGAUCAGUCCCAGCCGCCCCAGCAGCAGCAACAACAAGAGGCAGCCGCCGCUACCAAGAGUUAACGUUGGCUCUUUUGGAACUGCUGAGCCCAAGCGGUAUUCGCCUGGGCUUGGGCGUGGUCGAGGGCGUGGCCAUGGCCAAGGGCGAGGCCGUGGGGCGCCAUCAGUCUGUGAUGUCAUCAAAAGCAACAACAACAAGAAAAACAUAAACAAAAACAACAAAAAAGAGAACCGUAUGAUAAAAAUAGGAGAAAGAACAGUAAAAACCAUAGACGUAAACGUUAACUUAACAUUAGCAGUAAUAAAUAACGGUAACAGUAUAAGAGAGAGUAUCAGAGAGGAGAGGUAAACGAUCGGCAUUGAAUUCUCGUCAAUUUCCAUUUAUGUAAAUAAUUGCCAGAGUCCCCUCCCCGCACGUUGUAGGAUUUUCAUCCGGGGAUAUAGUGAACGCGGUUAUACUGGAAAUCUGAAACGCAAAACGUGUACACACGUUCAUAUUGGGCAAUAUCUCUAUUUCGUAAGGACACUCUCUCGAGAUCUUUCUGUGUAAGUCAGAAUGAAGCGAAAGGCGAAAGCAAAGGCGACAGCGAGGUAUAUAUUCUAUAAGAAAAUGUUGUAAUUAUAUCGUAACGAUGUAGCCUUAGCCGUAGCUUAAUUACUGUACAACUCUUACAAUGUUUUGCAGUGUUUUUUUUUUUAUUAUAUAAAUAUUUACAUAUAUACACAUACAUAUAUAUAAUAUAAAGUAAUACCCUGAGCCCAUUCGUACACAUAAGGCCCCCAAAGCAAUUAAUAUAAAUAGACUUAUAUCUCGAUAUAGUGCGAAUAAGACAGAGAGCGAGAGAGAGGGAGAGAAGUAAAACAACGUGUGUAUAAGAGGGAGGAGAGAGGGUGCGUGAGUGUUGUAGGGAAAAGCUUUCGCUUCUUGAGCCAGAAUUUGUAGCCAAUUUUUUUGUUGGACCACACACCACAGCCUCCGUUCCGUGAAUGCGUAAAUGAUUUGCUUUUUGUUUAAGCCCUUAACGCGAAGAAUACUAAGCCGAUGACAUACCACACAUACACACACACACACAAACUAUAUGCAUAUGUGUAUAUGUAUGUGUAUAUCCAUAUAUAUAUAUAUAGAGUAUAUUGAUUAUUUCUAUAUUUAUUGCCCAGAAUAGAAAGAUCAGAUCGGUUCAGAGUGUUUCAUUAACAAUGUAAGCUAGUUAGUUGUAUUAACAUGUACUUUUUGGCCUUAAUUUUGAUCCGAUUCGAUUCAUUUUAAAAAAGAUCUGUAAUUUAAUAUUUUAUUAAAUAUUAUACAAAUUUGUAAAUGUGUGUAGUCGACAACAUAAAUACACACACACACAAUUAUUUCAAAAACUAAACAAAAAAAAGAUAGCAACAAAGUAAUUUUUGUUGAAGAAAAUACACUUUUUGCACUAUUUUUUUAUGAUAAUCUAUGAUCGGAUGCCGAAGAACAUAUAAAGUGGAUGUAAAAUGUGCAGAUCCAAGAGCAGAAAAUUAAACUAAAACCACAAUAAGCUAGGCGGCAGAUAGCUCAUCAUCAUUAAUUGUUUAGAAUUUCGAAAACUGCAGCAAAAGCAACAAAACACACACUCUAAACCAAACAACCAACAGCAGGAACAACACGAAAACAAAUAAUAUCAAAAUGAAUCAAAGAAAAAUAAAAAGAGGAAGAGCAUUAAAUACAAACAAAAAUUAAAUCAUACUAUGUCGGAAGCAAACUGUCGGUAUAUCAGGGCCCAUUACCAGAUGCAAUUUAUUUACUUUCUUUCACCUAUUCCACAGCACAUGCCCCCAUGCCAUGCCAUGCCAUGUAUGAAUGAAUGUCCCCUGUGCCCCUAUUGUUUAUAUAUUUCUAUGCAAAAUCGUAGAGUGGGAAUCGCAAUUUAUUAUAGUUCGUUUAUCAAAAAUCAUUUCCAUCGGAUAAUGAUUGCAGGUGUCUGCAAUGUUAGCUUUAUGCUUCCUGCGAUUUAUUUUCCUUCCAGUCGACUUAUGUUUAGUUGAGUUAUAUAUAAUCAAAUUGUCAAAAACCACUGAUCGUAUAUGGGUAUUCAGGAACUGAGAAAUACGUUGCCAGUAUUGCUAUCCCUCUUUAUCUCAUGCUGAAAUGAAUUAAGAGAAUUAAUGAUUCAAAGUUGUGGACACCUGUCAGUUUAUUCGAAAUUAUACUCUAAAAUUGA